AUGGAGGCCAGGAUCAGAGCCCUGCAGGAGCAGCACGAGAAGGAGCAGCUUGCCACCCGGCCCCACGAGCUGGCCAAGCAGCUCACCCAGCUUGAAGCUGAGCAAGAGAAGCUGCUGGGCGACCUGGACGCGGCGCGCGCUGCAAAUGGGCGGGCGCGCGCCGACGCGGAGGCGGCAGCCGGCAAGGCGCGGAGGGAGGCGGAGGAGGCCGAGGCGUCGAGGACGGAGCGGCAGCAGCAGGUGUUUGAGGCCGCGCGGCAGCAGAGGGUCAACGACGCCAGCGAGCGCGACCGCUCCGACAGCAUUGCAGCAGCGCAGCACCUCGUGCUGUGCCGUGUUGCGGUGUCGCAGUUCUUUUAG